GACCAAUCAGAUGCGAUCAUUCCUUUAUGGGCGAGAAACGUCUGUCUUUUGUGUCAUACCCUUGCCGCCCUUGUGGACUAGAGUAAAGUCCUACUACAGUGAGUCACAAUUGUUUGAAAUGGCGGCGAUGGACGGCGCUGGACGAUCACAUGCCAAUUUUCCUCCUUCUCACCAUCAUGAGCACGACACCUUUCGACGAUACGACGUGCUUCUUUCACGGCUGCACGAGCAAGCCGGUGGAGGGCUCGGUCAAGUGCCAUUUUCACCGCAACCGCGGUCUUUGCCGCAUUGGCAACUGCCGCAACCAAGUCUACGCGCGGAGUCUCUGUGUGCGCCACGGUGGCCGCCACCCGUGCGCGCACCCCGGGUGCUCAACCAACGCGCGCCUCGGUCAGUAUUGUUGCCGCCACAGCAACAUGAAGAAGCUCUGCCACCAUCCCGGCUGCACCAAGGUGAUCCAGAUCAACAACUUGUGCAUUCGCCACGGCGGCAGCAAGCACUGCCAGUACGAAGGCUGCGCGACGCCUGCGCGGUGCGGCGGCUACUGCUGGCGUCAUCGCAAGCACAUCAAGCACCCCAAAGACGUUGCCAACGCGACAAAGGCGAUCCCAUGUGACGCCAACAGCAACGACACUGCGCUCUGGGACCAGGGCCUUUUCGACGCGAUCGCAGCCAGCGAUGUGGAGAGCGCGUUGAGCUCGAGCCCCGAAGAUUUGGAUGCGUCGAUCUUGGACGUGCUGCUGCGAUGCGACAGCCUCACGAUUGGCUCGCCCGACGCACACGUGACGGUCGCAUGAAUCUCUAGUAAUCGAUGCGUUGGUUUUAUGUUUGCACCACCGUA